ACACACACUCACACACACACACACACACACACACACACACACACACACACACACACACACACACACACACACACCCCUGUUGUGUACCUGUGUUUACAAUCAGGUUUGACUCUCUGACCACCAUCUACAAGGCAAAGGCUGUUUGCACUUGGUGGUUCUGGGAGGUGAUUGUUACCAAGUGGGCCACCAAGUACAUAACAUGGAAAAUAUCAAACAUUCUCUAUUUAUAUAUAACUAACCAACAUUUUAUCAGAGUUGUGUAUGUGAGUCGUGGUUCGAUCCGUGUGUAUUAUCCCUGCCAGUGAAAAAAAAAAUCUAUUACGCAAUCCAGGAAUGCAUUUCUGCAAUAGUUCACAUGCACUGAGGUGACUAACUUGUUUUACCAGACACGUUGCUGAAUAAAACAGACUGAAAAGGGAAGCUGACAUUUAUGUGGACUCAACCCUUGAACUCAAACUAGUAUCACAAACAUUUUCAGUAAAUCUACAAUCUAAUUGUCCCAAGGCUCUUCAGUGGGUCUUGACAUCAGUAUGCUUAUGUAAAUACACAGACAUAUGCUACGUAGGUUUUCCAUUUGCUUUAUGCUUUACUGAUAACAAACAAAGCCCAAGGAUCUAGACUUUGAUCCGCCUGAGUGCUUUGGGCAUACUUUUACCAUAACAAACGUUCAGGGUUCUUGGAUAUUACUUCUGUAAUACCUUGUGUUUUGUGUCACUGUAUUUUUUUGUUUGAUUGAGGCAGUGUGUGUGUGUGCGCGUGUGUGUGUGUGUGUGUGCUGGGGAGAGACAGACAGAGAGGGGAGAGAGUGUGGGCGGGACAAGGACACAGAAGGGAGGGAUCAUGCCAUGGUUGAGACAUUCACUACAUGACUCAACCUACCAUAUACCAGUUACCUAGCAAUGAGAGAACACACUAACCACAAAACUGUUGGAUUUCACUGGAUACUUAAUUACCAUAUUCCCUAACUGCGAAGAUUUGUAGCUUUUUCAACCGAGGGAACUCUGACAGAUGGAUGUGAAGAUGAAAUAUCAAUGAGAGAACACACUGACCACAAAACUGUUGGAUUUCACUGGGUACUUAAUUACUGUAUUCCCUAACUGUGGAGGUUUGUAGCUUUGUCAACCAACGAAACUCUGACAGAUGGGUGUGAAGAUGAAACAUCGAUGCUGUAUUCAUCUCCAUUCCUUGAUAUUGCCUACAGUCUGAUAUCAGGACAUUGGUUUCAGUCCAUACUUCUACCGAAGCCCAAUGAAAGAAAAUAGGACUCGCUCAACUUGUUUUCCAUGUGUCACCAGAAAUACGGAGGCGUACUGAUAGGGUUGUGUGUGGAUAUAUCUGACAACGGUUGGCACAUCAUACUCACAGAAGAAAAAAACACCAGUGCUUUGAGGAUCCGAAUGGUACAAACCCCUGAAUGUGGCCAAUUUGAGGACAAUUAUGAAAGUGAUGUUUUUUGAGUGGUCGCUUGUAAUCCUGCUCGCCAUGCAGCUUUUGGUUUCGGCAUCGACGUUGGAGAUGAUUGACUAUGAGAGUCAACACGUCACCUGCUCAAAGGGUCUCUUUAACUGCUCAGUGAAGGCAUGUGCUGGGAUUCCGAUCCAAAAGUGUCCUGUGGAUGCAAAAGGGCUGUCGGUGCAGCCUGUGCUGUGCUGCAGACAGGGCACAGCAUGCAGACCUUGCCUACACAUUCGCCUUGACAUCCAGCCCAGAAACGACCAGACAGCAUCGUAUGCGAGUGUGUGUUACACUGUGCCACAGCUAAUAAUGCCUCUGUGCAAAAAGCUCGAGUUCACAGUGAUCCCUGCUGCUCCGGAUGAGCAAGCUUCAUCCAAGCAGGCAUGGCUGUCACUGCUGCUUGAGUCUAAAGCCCUGUCCUUCAGCAGUCAGGUGACUGUGUAUGUUUGCAACCUUCACUCGACUGUGGUGCUUCCGUCAGUGGAUGAAGUGUGCUCAUCCGCCUCACAGGGAGUUGUAGAGGAAUGUGAAGUCCCCAGUUUCAGCACUCCGAUUGAUCCGGAGAGACGGGAGGUGAUGCUGCGAGUCGAAAAGGACAGUCCCUACCACCUAGAGAUGUGCCUACAACAUGAACAUAAUGGAAUGUGCAGGACCUGGAAAGAGAAGUCCCUUCCACUGCACUCUGUCACCCCCUGCAUGUGCUUCCAGUUGUGGUGGGAUAAAGGAGACGAGAGGUCUCGUCGAUCUAGGAGCUGUCCUUUUAGGAACAACACCGAGCUGUUCCAGAGGAACCUAUGGGAGAAUGUGUCAGUAUCUGUGGUACAGGGCCAGAUGAACAGUGGCGGUGCAAUGCUGUCCUGGAACCUGACUGCCCCCUGUAGGGUGGAGGCUGAAGUGUGGCCCUGCCAGAGAGAUGCAGGCGUGGACAAGGACAGAUGCACAGAGCUGGGGGACAUUAGGCAGCGUCUGUCAAAUGACAUAUGGAGGGAAAAUGACAGGGGACUCUGGCUGAUGCCAGGUGUGUUUGAGGAUGUCAAACCUGGCCUUGAUCUCUGUGUGAUGGUGAAGGUCAAAGGGAAGAACAGUGAGCUUGGCCCCUUCUGUCCCAUUGACUCCAGAUGGUGGCACUGGCGCUGGGGUCUGCUGGUUCUGGUCUCCCUGAUGCUGGUAGGCCUAGCAGGAAUGUGUCUCUAUUUCCUGCAUGGCAAACUGAAACGGUGGGCAUGGGAAUGGCACCAGAAGGAGUGUGAUCAACUACCUAUAAGGGGCCACGUGGUGCUGCUGAGCCCGCCGGAUGUGGAUAACUCUGUGUCAGAGCUGGUAUGUGAGCUUGGCUCCUCUCUGCAUGCCAGGGGCCUCAGUGUGUCUGUGGACCUGUGGAGUCGGGCUGAGCUGUGCUCUCUGGGGCCCCUGCCCUGGCUGCACUCCCAGCUGCAGCCUCUGGACAGCCAGGGGGGCAGGGCCUUACUGGUACUGACACAGGCAGCCUGGAAGAAGGCAGAGGAUUGGGGCCAACAGUGGGACCAGGAUGGCCAGCAGGGAAGGGACAUGGCCCAGGCAGUGGAGGAGAAGAGGCUUCUCCAGGGCUUGUCCUCCCCAUACGCGGACGUGUUCAGUGCCGCUCUGAGCUGCAUCAAGGUGGACCACCAGCAAGGGCGCGCUGGAAAGCGCUUCCUCCUGGUCCACUUUGAGGCCCAUUCUUCCAAGCCCCUCAGCAGUGAAAGGGAUCUCCCAGAGUUGUUCCAAGGGCUGCCCUUAUUUCACCUGCCCUCCCAGAGACAGGAGCUCCUCGUUCAGCUGGCCAUAGGGUCUAAUGGGCCUAGGGCUGGUAUAGGUGGAUAGAGGGGCUGAAGGACACUCUAUUUACGGGCUGUCUAAAGGGACUCCAGGGUUUGAGGAGAGACAGUGGGAUACCUGAUGAAGGGGUUUCCCAAUAAUUAUGUUGAGUGGAGAACAGCUGGGAGACUGUGCCCUUACAGCAGAGCAGUCGCCCUGAGGUCUAAUUCCUCCCAACCAUCCAAGCCUGCUCACAUCAUCACCCCAACACCCCCGGCCACUCACUUUACAUUAGCACUGCAAUACACUGGACGCAACUUGUUGGAUGCAGAACCCUUGGAUUAUACUGUAUGUGGUGAUGUUAUGAGGGCUAGAGUUAUUGAGAGUGUAUGAAACAACAACACAGCUGUCACCUUCCGUACACCUUGAGGAUGGACUUCUAUGUGUGACACUAUUAUACAGGUUAGGGGAGACCAGGGAACAAAGUAACUGUUUAAGCUUUUGUUUAGUAUGAAAAUAAUAUUUGAUGUAGAUUCAUUAUCUUUUUAUACAACCACAUCUUAGCUACCAUUAUACACUGUAACGAAGUUUGCAAUCUGUUGAAAUGAUGAGAAUAGAAAGGUCAUCACACAGAACAGUGGAAACAUAUAUGGCAACUAGAAAUCAAAACUGGAUGGCCUUCAGAGAUAGAUGAGAGGGGUUGAGGGUGGCUGAAGGAUGGGACUAAAAACAAAAAAAGAUAACCAAUGUAAAGUAUACCGUGUCUG